AUGGAGAGCCUGCUGGAUAAUCCAAUGAAAGCCGUUCUGUACCUGAAGGAGCUCACCACUAUCGUCCAGAACCAGCAAAGCCUCAUCCAGACGCAGCGCCAACGCAUAGACGAGCUGGAGCGGAAGGUGGAGGACCUGAUAGGAGAGAACCGACAGCUGCGGGACCCCCAUCACUACGUCCACCAGCCCGCACAGCAUCAUCACCACCACCAUCACCCCACUCACCGCAGCGCCAGUCCCCAGGCGCCGGCCCACCUCCAUCAGCACCCGGCCGGCAACAAAGCAUCGGCUCACCUCGGCCAGCAGGCUCAGCAGCCUCCACCUCCUCCUCCUCCGGUGCAGCAGCAGCAGCAGCAGCAGCAGCAGCAGCAGCAGAUCCCCGGUCUGUCGGCCCAGCCUCAGCAUCACCAGACCCCUCCUGCGCCGUCCUCACACCACCCUCAGCAGCUGCAGCUCGUCCCCACCUCUCCGCAGUCGCCCAAAGCGAGCCAAGCCAGUCCGGACUCCGCCGAGGAGGACAAGAGGAGCCCCUGCUGCAAGUCCCUGGUUCCGCAGACUCCCACCACUCUGUGCCGCUCAGUUGGAUUGGCCCGGAAAGCGGAAAACCAGACAGUUCUUCAUCAGUUCUGUUGCCCAGCCCCAGAGGCCCCAGAGGGGGAGACCUCUACUGCCUGUGUCCCCAGCGAUGACCUUUCUCCAGACUCGUCUAUGGGGGAGGAAGGGAAGGGAGGAGAGGGUGAGCCGCAGAGUGAGGCCGAGUCACAGCCACAGCCACAACCACAUCCACAACAACAACCACAACCACAGCAACAACAAGAAGAGAUCCAGCCACAGGUUCAACCACCACCACAGCCCCAGUCUGAGCCCCAGUUUGAGCCCCAGUUGCAACAACAAACUCAAUCAGAGCCCCGACCUGAAGCCAAACCUCAGCCGGAAGAUGAACCAAAACCACAGACUGCACCAGAGCCAGAGCCUGAGCCUGAACCUGAACCUGAACCUGAACCUGAGCCCCAAAUUGAGAUCCCAAGUGAGGUACCAGCACAGGAUGCAUCAACACCUGAGAGCAGAGAGGAGAAGUUGGAGGUGCAGCAAGAGGAGCAGAAGAUAGAAGAAGCUGCAGAACCAAAGCGAAAGCAAGAGGGAGUGGAGGCGCAGGCUGACGAGCGUGAGGGUGAGGCCCCACAGGAGGAAGAAGAAGAGGAAGGGGGAGGAGCUAAAGGAGGUGGGGCAGGGAGGAGAGCCAGUCUGCACCAUACAGCCUCGCCCUUGAGGGUGCAGCGCAACGGGGCCGGCUCACACUCGGCCACCUCCGACUAUGAGCUGUCACUUGACCUCAAAAAUAAGCAGAUCGAAAUGUUAGAGCACAAAUACGGCGGCCACCUCAUCUCCCGACGUGCUGCCUGCAAGAUCCAGACUGCCUUCCGCCAGUACCAGCUCAGCAAGAACUUUGAGAAGAUCCGCAAUUCACUGCUGGAGAGUCGUCUGCCUCGACGCAUCUCCAUGCGCAAGGUCCGUGUGCAAAACACGGAGGGUUUCUCUGCUGAACGGGCCCUGGCUGAAGGCUGCAACUUGGCAGGCAUCCCAUUGGUGCGCUCACCAUCUCUGCCUGCCUCAGUAGGAGGCACCCUGACCGACCUGGAAGACUCAUUCACUGAACAGGUUCAGUCACUGGCAAAGUCUAUAGAUGAUGCCCUAAGCAAUUGGAGCCUGAAGACCAUGUGUUCAUUGCAAGAAGGUGGCACUUAUCAGUUCAGUGCUGACUCUUUCGGUGCAGCAGCAGCUGCAGCAACUGGGACAGGAGUAAGUGGAGGAGAAAGAGGGAGUACAGGAGAUUCGACUGUUCAUCAAGUUCCUGUGGACCCAAGUGACUUGUCAAGAAGUGCAAGCAAGUUGAUGAUGGCAUUUCGGGAUGUUACAGUGCAGAUUGACAGCCAGAACUUCCGGGUUUCAUCCUCAGUCAUGGAAUCUUCUACUUCUGUAUCCUUGGGCAGCUGCGCUCAAACUCAAGGAGACUCCAUCACCGUCACUUCCACAACAACCAGCUCCACUCCAGUCUCCAUUACUCCUGUUCCCUCACAAGAAACCCCUCCUUCCCCUCCAGAGGUCCCAGCUGAACCUAUAGACCCUCCACCCCCACCACAAGAACCACCGCCACCACUAGAAUUAGAGACAGAAGGAGGCGAGCAGGACGUUGAGUUUCCUGCUCCCCCACCAAGUGAAGAAGAGCUGGAGGAACAACCUCCACUGACCCCCCUGGACAAGAUGGCCGCUCCUCAAAGUCCAGAGAAGAUUGUGGUGGUUGCCCCACCACCUACAGAAUUCCCUCAGGCCCCUCCACCACAAGAGCCUGUACAACUGGGGAGCUCUCCUGUGGUAGAGCCACUGGAGGUAAAGAGGUGCAGCUCUGAGACGGCAGAUAAUAGCUCAGAGCAGAUGAGCAGUAGUAGCACGUCCACAGAGGCACGCUCGACAUCCGAAGCUUCCUCCAAGGAGGCUCUGCAGGCUAUGAUCCUCAGUCUGCCAAGAUACCACUGUGAGAAUCCCGCCAGCUGUAAGUCGCCCACGUUGUCCACUGAUGUGAUGCGGAAACGCCUCUACCGCAUCGGCCUGAACCUCUUCAAUGUAAACCCUGACAAAGGCCUUCAGUUUCUCAUCUCACGAGGCUUCAUCCCGGACACACCCAUUGGCGUGGCUCAUUUCUUGCUACAGAGGAAAGGGCUGAGUCGACAAAUGAUUGGAGAGUUCCUCGGCAAUAGCAAGAAGCACUUCAACAAAGAUGUACUUGAUUGCGUGGUAGAUGAGAUGGACUUCUCAGGCAUGGAGCUGGAUGAAGCACUGAGAAAGUUCCAAGCCCACAUUCGCGUGCAGGGAGAAGCCCAGAAGGUGGAACGUCUUAUUGAGGCCUUCAGCCAGCGUUACUGCAUGUGUAAUCCAGACAUAGUGCAGCAGUUUCACAAUCCAGACACCAUCUUCAUUCUGGCUUUUGCCAUCAUUCUGCUCAACACCGAUAUGUACAGUCCCAACAUCAAGCCUGACCGCAAGAUGUUGUUGGAGGACUUCAUACGCAAUCUUCGAGGCGUCGAUGAUGGAGCAGACAUCCCCAGAGACAUGGUAGUGGGAAUAUAUGAAAGAAUACAACAGAGAGAGUUGCGCUCUAAUGAAGAUCAUGUCACCUAUGUCUCCAAGGUUGAGCAAUCUAUCGUAGGCAUGAAAACGGUUCUUUCUGUCCCUCACAGGAGAUUGGUGUGCUGUAGUCGUCUUUUUGAGGUGACAGAUGUCAACAAGGCCCAAAAACAGGCAGCACACCAGAGAGAAGUCUUCCUCUUCAAUGAUCUAAUUGUGAUCUUGAAGUUAUGUCCAAAGAAGAAGAGUUCUGCAGCAUACACUUUCUGCAAAGCAAUGGGCUUGCUUGGCAUGCAGUUCCACCUGUUUGAAAAUGAAUACUAUCCUCAUGGCAUCACCAUUCUCUCACCUUUUGGCUCAGACAAGAAGCAGGUACUUAACUUCUGUGCACAAAGUGCUGAGGAGCUGCUUAAGUUUGUAGAAGACCUGAAGGAAUCAAUCGCUGAGGUGUCGGAGAUGGAGCAGAUACGUAUCGAGUGGGAGCUGGAAAAACAGCAGGGAGCCAAGGCACACUCAGUAAAGAACGGCACACAGUUAGAGUUGCGUGGCAAACAGGGCUCCCCAUCAGGACACCAGGAGGUAGAUGACAGAAGUGGACACAAUGCAGUAGAGGUGUCAAUUCACAACAGGCUUCAGACGUACCAGCUCAGCAGCAGCACGGCUCGGACUCCCGAGAGCGUGGCCCUUCUUAACCACCGGGGUGAGCUGCUUUUCCAGCAGGGGCCCCAGGGGCUAACCCAGGGGCCGACGCCUCCACCUCAGCACCCGCAACUGCAGUCGGCAGCGAGCACCCCCAGCCACCACCUUCACCUCCAGCAGCACCUUCAGCCCGCUGUCAGCAUGGCUGAUCUGCGGCCCGAGACACUCAUCCAGUGUCAGCAGAUCGUCAAGGUCAUCAUGCUCGACAACAGCGGCCACGGACGCAUGGAGGCCUUCCUCAGCCAAACACCCACACACCACCACUACCAGCAUCAUCACCACAGCCACCACCAGCUCAGUCAGUCAGCCAUGUCCACCCCAGUUCGCUCGCCGGACGGCUCCCAUGGCAAUGAUGGCCACCAGCCCCCGCUGCCUCCCCCACCACCGCCUUAUAACCACCCUCAUCAGUAUAUACCCCCCGACCCCCGUCUCAGUCUGCACCGGACCCCAAGUGGCUCUCGGAGCAUGGUGUAAAUAAAAUUGAAUUAGUAUUCUUUCCCUGAAACACAUUCGCACACACAGAAAAUCCAAAAAACCUCACUACCCCCUCUCUACUUAGUUAAUAGUACAUAAUGUACAUAUAUACAUACAAAUGAAAGAGCUAUAAUGAAAAAAUAAAAUCACACUUAUAUGCAUAUAUUUAAGAAAAAAAUAAUAGAAGAAAAAUCAAAGUUUUAAAAGAGAAGAGGAGAAAUUAAGUGCAUAUAUAAAGUUUUACUUGAUUCCACAUGUAUUUUGAAAUAUUAUGUAGUUUUAACAAAUUUCUAUAACUUUUUGUCAGUUUUAAUUCUUGAUAGAGAAAACUCACAUACAUUCAGUUCCUGGAUGAAUUCCUUGUAGUUCCAGUAUUCACCACCAAAAGCUGAAACACAAAUCUGUUAAACAUUUUGGAUUUUCCCAGUAGUGGAUGGACACAAUCCAAGGACAGCUCCAGUUCACUUUUCUCAUCCCAAAACUCAUGCCUACUGUGCUGUAUGUGCGCGUGCGUGCAUAGUUGACACUGAAAUGAAAAUGUGCCAAAAUACAUACACAAGCCUCCACUAAAAACUGACUUCUUUGCACUAACUAAAUGCUAGGGCUAGAAGAAAAGAAAACUUCUUUGCUUUUAGAAAAUACUCCUCUCACUCACCUCCCUCAAGGAGCACAAAAAAACAAAAACAAACGGAUAUUUCAUCAACACUUAUUUCCCUUUUUAUGCCGUUGCUGAUUUAUUUAUGUGAUGGAGAGCCUUCUUCUCUGGUCCCUUGGAUAAAAAACAAUGUUGUCCAAUAAGCUAUGUUUGUCAUCUGCUCCUCCAUUGUGUUGUGGCUCUCUAUCAUCUGAAAACAGUCUCACUUAGAUGUCACCUUUCAUAGAUCAUUCUACAGCGAAGGACGACAGGAGACAAAGGCAGCCAGUCACACGCUUUGCAAAACCAAAAAGUGAAUGACAGCCCAGGAUGGUUGUACUGAUUGUUGUUUGUCUUUGUUUGUUACUCGUCAUAUUAAACAUUGUUAAUGCCUCCCCGAAACUCUUGUACAUUCAUUCAAUGAUGGAGGAGGACUUUUUAGAAAUGGUCACAUGUUCAUCACUGUUGCGCUGCUGAAACUGUUCUCUGACUUUUAUAAAGAGAUCCUGCAUUCACAUCUGUAUAACGUCUAUGCGCAACACAUUGUGGUUUCAUCUGAUAUUAAUGAAAUGCAUCAUUGCUAUUUCAGGAAAUCACAGAAAAUUUCCAUGAAGAUGAUUAUGCUACAACUGUGAAACAUCAAGAUCUGUCUUUUCAUUUGUGUGAAGCAUUACAUCUUUUUCUGUUUUGUCUGCUGAGGGAUGCAGCACUCAGCAGUCGGACAACGUAUCCACAUGCUGUCUCUUUUGUCAGCACAACUCACAGAUUUAGUUCAGUUCCUUGUGACUGUUUUCUCUUCCCUAAUUCUAACCUUUCAGUCUGACAUUUUCAAAAAAAGACUACACGGAAUACAGAGGCACACACAGCUUAUAUUGCAAAUGCUGACAUUAAUGGUAUUGCCUGUGCUAUUGGCUAGCCUGCUUUAAAUAAGAAUGGGACAAAAAUGAAUGCAUUAUCUGAUGUCUUUCUCUUCACCCUAGCCUAGAUUGUAAAUACCACAUUCAAGCAGUGUCGGAAAGGACAAGCAAGCUACCCCCUUCGAAAUGCUACUGCCCUGUCAGGCGUCCUUCGCUCUGAAAUAGGUCAGUGACUGCCCCAACCUGAAUGCCUCCAUCUUUUAAACAUAAGCCCCACCAGGUACUGUAGAAUGGAUGUUUGGUUAACUCUGCUCCUAUCUGACCCCUAUCUAUCUGAUUUGUUGAUUUAUAAUCACAGAGCCACUGCUGGGAGGUCUCUAUCUCAUCUGUCUGUCCUUUUCCACUUACGAUGUCACUCAGUGGAAAGGCAAAGGUUCCAGAAAAAGUCUGUUUUGCUGCCUGGCAGAGAUGUUGAGUGUUUGUGUGCACAAGAAAGUAUGUGUGCAUGUGACCUGCUCGCACAGCAACAACAGCAGUGCUAUAAACAAAGUCAAAUCUCUUGUUCAUCCCAGUAAUUGCUUUUGCUAUUACUUCAUACCCCAAUGAGAAAAAACAGUGCUUUAAAGUGAAUGAAGAGAUAUUAUGAUUAUGUUUUUUGACAUUAAACAAAGUUUUGAAGGGUAUGUAAUAAAUUCUUCUUUACUAGAUCGAUUAUUGGAUGAUGACUGCUAAAGAAAGCGUGUUUGCAUUUAUUGUUUUAAUCAAAAUCCAGAUAUGGGAUUCUUUUCUCAUGCAUGAUAUCGGUUUAUUAGAAGCGUUUGAACCCUGUUUCCCAAAAGUCUUCAACUUUUUUGUGCAUGACUGGAUUUGUUGGGAGCACACAAGGGGGAGAUAAGAUUAGCAUUGUUAUGCUGUAAAUGCGACAGAACUGAAAAAAACAAAAAACAUAAUUUACAAUAACAAACACCCUUUCAAACAGAAAAUGGAUAUUUGGGCAAACACAUUUCUGUGCCACUCUAAACAUAAUGCUCAGUGGAAAAUUUAAAGCCUCUCCUCUGCCAAACUGUGUCAUUUUUUGUUUCUCUGUCUUUCACCACCCACUGUUUAUGGUUGCACAGUUUUCCUAGUUGACAAUGUGUUAAAGCAUUUCGGGAGAUCAAUAUGCUGUGUGUGCAAUAAACAUGAGCAUGAGGCACACUUAUGGGUUUACGUUUGAUAGAAAAUCAAUGUAGCAUUUUUGGGAACGCCGUAUAAUAUGGAAGUGCAGUCAUGACUAACUUUGUUAAAGAAAGUGAAAAGGGCUCUGCUAUACCAGUGCACUGCUUUAUGAAUGACAAGUGGAUCUGGGUCUUCAACACUGUGUUUGCUCAUGUAGAAACAAAAACGUGGACAUAUUUCGGGAUAGACAGGUGGAAACUGAGUGUAACAGAACCAUCACCUUCCUCAGUUGGCUUUGAAUUCCUCUGUCUUUGCAGUAUAUCAACUUGCUAUUAAAGAUGAUUUAAGUCUAUUCACC